AUGACCCUGCCAGGUGGCGACAAGGACAAUAUCAGAUCUGGAUGUAAAAAAUGUGGCUAUCUUGGUAACCUGACUUUUAAAUGCCACAAUUUUCUCCGAGUAGACCUCAAAAAAGACAAAGUUUUAUAUGUCAGCAGCACAAGUAGUGAAGACAGCAAGGAAAAUGUUGAGGAACUCAAUAAAUUGCAGACUUCACCUGAGAAAAAUACAAAUGAGGAAGAAGAAAAGAUAAAACAAAAAAGAAAAAACAAAGAGAAACUUAAAUUGAAAAAGAAAAGGAAAAGGCCUUAUUCAUCUAGUUCUAGUGAAGAAGGCACUUCAAAACAAAAGAAACAGAAAUCCCAGAAGAAAGGAAAGAAAUGGCAGAAAAAAGUAAAACAAAAAAAGGGAAACAUCACAAAAAAGAGAAAAAAAAAGUGGAAAUAA